GCUAUGACAACAGGUGUAUGGGAAGUGAUAACUACGACGUCGUACCUGGCACAGGUGACAGUGGUAGAAAGCUAACUUCUCAACUUAUUGAGGAGUUUAAAGAGGAGUCCGUUCUCGGGAAAAAUGAAUAACCCCAUCCCAUCCAACCUGAAGUCGGAGGCUAAGAAAGCUGCCAAGAUCCUUCGAGAGUUCACUGACAUCACCAAGGGCAAUGGGCCAGACAUACUCAUCCCAGCUCAUGUGAUAGCCAAGGCCCAGGGUCUGGCCAUCAUCUCGGUGGUCAAGGCUGGCUUCAUGAUCACGGCUCGCGCCGGCAGCGGCAUCGUCAUCGCUCGGCUUCCAGACGGACGUUGGUCUGCUCCCUCUGCCAUUGGUAUCGCAGGUCUGGGCGGAGGCUUCGAGAUAGGAGUUGAGGUAUCAGACCUGGUGAUCAUCCUGAACCAGAGGAGAGCGGUGGAGGCCUUCACUAAGGGGGGCAACCUGACCCUGGGGGGCAACUGUACUGUGGCAGUGGGGCCGAUGGGCAGGAACGUGGAGGCAGACAUAGCUCUGCGUAGUACCGCAGCAGUGUUCACCUACUGUAAGUCCAGAGGCCUGUUUGCUGGAAUAUCUCUGGAGGGGUCCUGCCUUAUAGAGCGCAAGGAGACCAACCGCAAGUUCUAUUCCCAGGACAUCCGAGCAUCGGCCAUAUUAAACGGAGAUGUGGAUCCCCCUCCAGAAGCUUCCAACCUGUACACCAUCCUGCAGGACUACACCGAGAAGUACUGCAAUGACUGGACCGGCAAGAUCUCCAAGGCCCCCACCAGACCCAGAGCUCCAGCUGCACAUAGAUCCACCAGCACACAGAGGACGCAAGAACCCAAACCAUCCAUUUACCCAAACAUCUCUGGUUUCAAAAACGACAGCGUCAACCAAGCGGUCUUCAGCACUGCCUCUAAAGCUGUUCUGAACCUGUAUGCACCUGGGGCCGUUGCGGCCAGCUCAGGAGACCAUCUCGUUGUCACGGCGAUACAUCCCUUCAUGGGACAGCAGCCUGGCGACUUAAGCUUCAGCCCUGGCGACCAGAUCACCGUGGUUACCAAGACGGAUUCCCAGUACGACUGGUGGGAAGGUCGUCUGGGGGGGCGGGUUGGAAUCUUCCCUGCCAACUUUGUAGCCUAUCCCUGAACUGAUAUACGUGUACACAUACACACACGUAGGGUCUCUCUCACACACACACACACACACACAGGGCUGUAACACACACAGAGGGCUGUAGCACACAUACUUAUGACUGUCACAAUAGACACACCAUCACAUCCGAAACAUACAGACUCACACACUCUGUCUUUACAGCUGAACUCGCUUUGUUCACUUUGACCAGAGAAAAACACACAAACAAAGGACAUCUUUGAAGCCGUGUUGUUCCCACUGAAGAGGGCCUGUCUAAGGUAUCCCUCUCCCUGCACUUCCAGAACACUUUAAAUGACCAGACCAUCUCUUGGUUUCACUUGUUGUGGUUAUAUUGAAGGUUGGGUUUGGGGGGGAUUUUAUAACAAUCAGCUGAUGGCUGUUGGAGUAUGUUGAACCUCCUCAGGUUCACAUCGCUGGUGGACGUGGUCAUCCAUGCUCAAAUAUAUAAAGUUAAGCUACAGAUAUUUAUUCAGCUUGUCAGAAUCAGUGAAACUGUAAAUAAAAUGGAGUUUCAGACAGUUUGGCAGCAGCUGUCAUGGCUGAGGUUUGGAUUUUGGUGUAGCAGGGAUACGUUGUAUUAGACUCCUCCUUCUGUCUCCUGGAGGAGUGGGUUCUUCUCUCUACAUGUUACAUGUGUAUGACUUUUUUUACAUUGUUUUUCUCGAGAUCAGGGGGUAUGGGGAUAAAAUAUUUAUGAAUUGAUUUUAAAUAGUUAUGCUUUGAUUUAAUGCAUAGGUGUGUAUGGACAAUAAAGAUGUUAACACCA